ACUUUACAACAUUUCGACACUUGCAAUCUCUCAUUCAAUAAUACGAUCCCGAAAGCAUCUGGUUUUGUAUCCUCAUGCCAAUCCCACGACUCAGACCAUAAUCCCGACUUGAUAUUUCGAUAUGAUGAUCAAAUAGUGGAGAUCAGGUUCACAUCACCAUGUGAUGAGCAGAUCCACACCACACUUAGAUCAGCCGAGCUUUCUUCAAUAAUUUCAAAGAAGAUCAAGUUAUCCAUUGAUUAUGUUUUUAGCUGCACAUGUCAAAAUACCCCAGUCCUUAUUAUAGUCGCGUCUGCUAAAAACGAAGCAGGCUACUAUGUUUUUUGGCAUAAUAUUUUCGUCAGAAAUACAUUGCUGGUUCUAUUCGACUAUCCUAUUGAGGGACCAAUUUCAACAGCAGCAGUUUCACGGUUACCUUGUGAUAUGACCAACAUGUUGCCUCCAAAAUCAAAGUACAAGGAAUGUCCAAGACAUAUACUAACUCUUGGAAAAUUCGAUGGGAGUGCAAUACUUGCACUCUUAAAGCUUGGUGAAAAGCACAUUUUAGCUAAAACCAUUGCUGUACACAUGUCACACACAAAUGACCCUAUUUCAGCAAUGUAUACUAUCCCACAAGAACCCUGGGAUAAUAGACUCAUUCGCAAUGAUCCUCGAAUUAUAUUUGGAUCGUCCAAAGGGUUUGCUCGUAUAUAUCGGAUCAAGGUUCACGAUAAGAAUAAUAUGCAGUCAGUUCCGGUUACACCAAUUGGGGAUUUUGUUUUAUACCGUAAUGAACCUAUUACUCAUCUUUCUGGAAUACGCUUAAGUCAGAAUGUCAGGUCGAUAAUUUCCAUGGGUCAGGAUUCAAACAAAAAUUUUGGAAGACGAAAAAGCAAGACGUACGUUGUUAUCAUUCAAGUGCUAGGAAAUGGAUUAACAAGGCUAGUGAAGUACCUAUGGCCUUCAGAUAUCAUGAAGAAUUCAUCAACUAUUGCAAAACUUUUCUUAGCUUCAGAGGAUGAUCAUUACAUUGUUACGGCUGUGUUUCAAGGACACGAUAACAAGAACUUAAUUGAAAUAAGCAGUUGGAAAUUUACUGAGAAAACGUGCACCCGUACUUUGUCUCAUAUAGUAGCCUGUAAUGGUCUUAAUGACAUGAUCCAAGAUAUAAAGAUUAACGAUGAUGCAUCAGGGUGUAUGAUUCUCUUUUUGGACAGAAUAACGUACCUGCCUAUUCCUACAGAAUCUCGGAUCUCGGAAACUGGAUAUACUUCAGAAGAUGUAUUUGAAACACACGAGAUUCAAGACGACUCGCCAGAACCAACACAUAUGGAAGAUAUGAUCAGCGAGAUCUCUAAGCCAGAGAAAGAAUCAUCAUAUACUUCUGAAAUACCAAUUUCAACAUCUACCCCUUACCACGAUACAGUCCUUGAUAAAGAAAGCGAUAUAUCUCUACUCACUAGUCUUAGUUUACAAAUCCAGAAUGAUACCCAAGAUAAUCGAACUACUAUCAAGUCAAAUUCUACCAAAAAUGAAAAAGAAGGCUUCGACGAAACGACUGAAGAUACAGAAUCUAUAUCCAGCUCAGUUUCCAAAAGUGUAAUGGAUGAUUUAGCGAAAGAUGUUACUGAGGAUUAUAGUAUUUUGAAGAGUCAAAAAGAGAUAGCCGAGCAUGAAUCCCAAAUCAACUUUUGUGAUAUACCAGCCCAAGAACAGACAAUAGCUUCUAUACACCAAGACGAAUGUGAUAUUGACACUGAUUUGGAUAGUCCAAUACAGCAAAAAGAGAUGGAAGACGAAAUAAGUCCUUUGUCGAUACUCAAAGAAUGUACUGACGGAAUCGUUCUUCCCGAGAAUCAAGAAGAUAGCAUACACACUGAGGAUCAGACGGAAGAAUAUUCUUGCAAUUCAACUAUUUCAAAAGUUUCAGAAAACUGUUAUGUGGAGAUUGGAUUGACUAGUAUUAGUAGAUAUUCUCAUGUAAAGUGUUCUCAAGAUCCCAAUCAGCUUGCCAAACCCCUGCCUUCUAAUGAUGGUGAAGAUAAUUUUGAUGCGGCUGAUAUGGAAGUAGAUGAAAUUGAAUACACAGCCACAGAAGAAUAUAUUGCCAGUCUUAAGCUACCCAGUGACCGGUUGAAUAUGUUGUGCGUACGUGAUCACGAUGAAUACUCAGAUAGCCGCCCAAGGGUUGUUGAAAAAAAGCCUAGUGAGCAUAUAACUAUUACCGACAAAACAUUUGAAGAAAUACGAAAUGAUCCAUCGAAAAUUGUGUACAAAGUUGAUCAUGAUGGGCCUUCAAAUAGGCAUUCAACAGUUACUGAGGAAAAGUCUGUUGAGAAAUUUGGUGUUAUCAAUUAUACAGCUGAAGAGCAACCAAGUGACUCAUUAAAGAGCUUGGAUAUACUCGAUACUGAAGACGUUUCAGAUAGCCGUUCAAUCACUGCUGAAAAGGACCCUACUGUACCUAUUGAUGUUGAUGAUAGAGUAUCUAAAAGUUCACUCAACGACCGAACGAAAGAGAUUCAAUACAUGCCAAACAAUGAAAUUAAGGAAUAUACCCAAGGACCAACAAGUUCCAAAAAGUCUAAUCCAACAGAACCUUAUCUAGAUCUCAUUCAAGAAAAUAUUUCAGAGAGUGUCGGCACUACUGAAUCUAAUCUGGAUAAACUAUUAAGCAAUUCGGGCGAUCCUUCGUAUGACAAGACUAUUGGCUCAUCGAGAAAUCUUGAACUUCUUGUUCCUGUUGAAAGUCCUACGAUUGACAAAGGUUUGUCCCACGAGACCGCCAGCAACGUACUGGAGGGGUGUAAUUAUGGCAAUAGCUCUGUGGAUACCCCUGGUAUAGAACCUUCUUCAGUUGAAGAUGUGUCCAGAAACUCUGUUUCAUUAUAUGAAAACGACCUUCCGGACGAUGUCAUAUAUCAUAAACCUCAUCUCUCGGAAAAUACAAGUACAAAUAUACCAGCAGUUCCUACUUCUGAUAAAGGAAUGCCUAUGCGUAGGGAAAAUUCAGUAUCCCGUGAGCCACCAACGAAUGGUGGUUUUAUUCCUGAACCCGUUAUAGAGACUGUAUCUCCAACAAUUGCGUUGGACCUUUACGAAUCAGACGAACUAUACAUUUAUACAUUAAUAAGAUAUGUUGAUCCUUCAUGUCUUAAUGUUUUUAAAAGCAUUCUUCAACCGGCUCAACGUAUCGAGUUUGUUUCAAAAUUAAAUAUUGACGAUCAUAUCAAGGAGUGUGCUCUCCAUUACAUUUCAAAUGAUACCAAUUCGAUGGUUCCCAAAGACCCACAAGCUAUUUCCGCUAUCACAUUGCCAAAUGAUACACGGAUAAAACUAGAUAUGUUUUGGUACUUGGAUAACGGAAAAUACAAGGAAGGAAUAGAUCUAUUCAAAUCUACAAGACUCGACUUUAAUGAUGUAACCAGAGUAGUCCACAGACUUUCCAAGCAUUUUGAUAAGAUUGACAUACCGGAAGUACCAACAGAAUCAGCCUUGGAUUUCAGCAAUAGAAACCUCUACAAGAAGCAAAGAAUAUCAUUGGAAAGAACUAUUCAUCCAGAAUCAUCUGGAUCUGAGAAUUUCAAAAAAGGAAAGGAUCUUGAAACUAGUUCAAGGGGGCAGUUUAUUAGAAGCAAGGCAGAUGGUAUUUUAAAGAAGGAGUUGAGCAAUAGAUCGAUUGAUGACUUUCUAGCCUUGGCUACUACACUUGAAGAGCAUGAUAUUCUCUCUCAGUAUUGCUGGGAGCAUCCGGAGCCUAUCAGUAAACUAUUCAUUAUGCAUGGAUGCAUUUCACGAUGUCUUUAUGGUGACAUAUUGAUUUUGGACUCGAUGAUAAAGAAAGCUGUGACUGACGGAACAAUAAAGGUUGACAAGAAAAUAUACCGGUGUUGUAGUUUACUUGCCGACGUUGCUAGAGGGUGUAUUCCAAAGAUUGUACUUGACCUUCCACUUGAAAUCUUUGGACGACCGGCAGGAAGAGCCGGAAAUCCGUUUUUGGGAAAAGUCAAAGGCAAGAAUGGUGUUCAACCUAAUGAUCUCCAGUUCGGUAUAAAGAUGCUCCAAAUGGCGUUAAAGGCAUGCAUGGCACGGACAAGUAUGCAGAGCACAGAAAAUACUGCGCUUCAAACGUCCCCUGCGAUCAAGCGGGAUUUGAUAUACAAUGAAUGCUGGAACAAUGUUGAGAUAGUUUUCAAUGACUCCAGGCGAAAAGGCAAAUCUCCCCAAGAAAUCCUGCCUGAACAUUUUUCUAUGCUUCAGCCCAGACGCAAACACGACAACUCUGGCACUGUUGAAGAUGAUUUAGAGCCGUUUGAACACCAUAACAAGAAAGUCUCUCUGUAA